AUGUCAGCACGACCACCAGUAGCUAGGAGGCCUCUCAACGCCGUAAGGCGGCCAGGAGCCCCACCAGGAGGCAGUGGAGUCCGGCGACCGGCGGUCCCAGGGGGCAGCGGGCAGGGCUCUCGCCCCGGCGCGAGCUCUGGUGUUGUCACAAGUCGAGGGAAUGAAGAGGGGUUUCUCUACAUGGCUGGUGUGCAAGAUGCUAGUAAACGGGUGACGGAGUACCGUACGGACGAGGAUACCUGCCCGAUCUGCCACACGGACCGACAGUUCGACAAGAACCUCCGCCUCUUGGUGUCGCCAUGCUACCACAAGAUGUGCGAGUCGUGUAUCGACCGGUUGUUCAGUCUCGGCCCAGCGCCCUGCCCGCAGUGCCAGAAGGUGCUGAGGACGUCCAACUUUCGGCACCAGACCUUCGAGGACCUCAAGGUUGAGAAGGAGAUAAGUGUGCGGCGGCGAAUGGCAGAGAAUUUUAAUAAACGCGCCGACGACUUCCCCACAAGAAAGGAAUACGACGACUACCUGGAGGAAGUGGAGGACAUGACGUUCAAUCUGCUCAACGACGUCGAUGUCGCCGCGACCGAGGCGAAAAUCGCGGCCUACGCACGAGACAAUGCCGGUCUGAUCGCGACGAACCAACACAAGGCGGCGAUGGAGAAAUUGUCCCAGACAGAGCGGGACGACAUUGAGCGGCGCGCGCGUGCCGAGCGGAUGCGCAUGAUCGAGGAGGCAGAACGCGUCGAGGCGGCCGAGGAGGCGCGCGCGCGCUCGUCGGCAGUGGACGCGCUCUCGCGCGGGGGCAACGAGGACGCGAGUGCCAUAAUGAACGCGUACCAUAAGGCCAAGGAGUCGCGUGCCGCCGCGCUCGCGGCCACUGUCCCGCCUUCCUUGGCCGCACUGUACGCCAACACGGAGGGCGACACGGCCCACGCUCCCACGAGCCCAAGCUAUGCUGGCCCGUACGUCGCGAUCCCGUACUCGGACCCCGAGAAGGCCGAGUACACGGAUUGGUACAAAGCCAAGGACUCGUACGUCGACGGCCGGUCCGGCGUCAUCUGGGCCAAGGAGGACCGCGAGGGCAAGGUCCGCGGCGGAGGGUGGGACCUGCAGCUCUUCUGGGAGGUGGAGGUGCGCACUGCGGUUGAGGCGCUGUCGAUUGAGCCGUUGCGCGAUUAG